GGUAUGAUUCGAACAGGUAAAAACGAACAGCCCAGUGUUAGAGUAGAAACACAGGUAGAUUUGUCGAUAGUUUAAAGCUGCCCUCGACUAUAUAGUUGUUAGUAUCAGUCGAGAGCGGCCGUAGUGACGGAGCUAGUGUGUAUCGCCGAGUAUUGACAAGUACAGUGAUCGGUGGUGAAAAUAAUACCAAACUUGGAUUUUAUUUUAAAUGUUGUGUUUGUACCUGUUUAACGAUAGAUACAUUUAUAGAUAACGGACGUAUCAUGGACAGUGUGUUGUAUGUAUAUAAAGCUUUCUACCUACCAGUGUGAAGUUUCACGUGGUCACGCGCUGUAUCGGAGGUACUCGCCAGUUUAUACUCGGUGCAUUUACACCUGGACGUAAACUAAGUUCGUGUAUCUACAUUCGGAUUAAAAGGAAGUGAUGGUUUACCAGACGACCACACUGGUAUCCCAUAUGUACAAAGUUCACAGACUUUCAGAUUGAAAUUGUGAUUUAAAUUUCAAUCGGAAAAGGGAUUUAACACUUAUCCAAUUUACAUAAACAAGGACGUUUAUGAACCAUGGAGGAUUUUUAAAACAACAUUUCAGGGUUCUUUAGUAACAUGGAAAUCUGUGUUCCUCACGUGCUGCAGAUGUCACUCUUCCUGAUUAAACGGUCAUUACGUUAAAUCGGAAAACAGACGUCGAUUGACCUGCAACAUAUCUGUGCUCGGUAGAAACAUUGCUAUCUGUUCCUAUAUACAGUUAUAUAUAUAUAUUAUAUUUUUUUAAUGUGAGAAACCAAAAUGGAAAUGUCUUGAGAGAAGUAGAAUUGGAAUGAUGUAUUGUGUAUUUUCAUACUCCUGUGUUACAAGGGAGGCACAUUACGGAAUUUUAAUAACCCCUAUGGAUACGCACGAACAGUGAUCAUGGACGCUUACUUGAAACGGACGUAUGGACAGAAGAGGACUGUUAAUAGUCAGACCAAGUACCCGUUCUGGGACUACAGGUCAAGACGUGGCAGUCUGUCCGCUUCCGCCUCCAACUCGUCUAAUGAUGGUAGCAGUAUAUCGUCCAUUGGGUCUCUGCGUUCAGAAACAGAAAGCGAGAACAUUAGUCUAUCUGGUAACUCAGAUAUAGACUCCAUCAUGUUGAGCGACCCCUACCGAAUGACUGUGCACUUUCUGGCGGACGCUCACGAGAUAUAUCCGAUGAUGGAUAUGUAUCAACCAGUUAUUGACUGGGUGGAUCCUGAUUUGCAUAUAUUUAAAAUAUCUGAGAGGACAGAUUUCAGUGAUGGCGAUAACCAGUCUUUUUCAAUGCAAACUUCUUACUUGCCAAGCGUCUCUCUGAUGGUGUUUCUUCAUGAAGAAGGUAUGUUGGGAUGCGAACGAAUUCAAAACGCCAAAAAACAUUUUGAGAAAUCCCCGUGGAAGUUUCACCAUUCGGAGGAGGUUUCUCGAGGGAGGGUAAAUCCAUACCCUUACAACAGUCAAGACUUUUAUUACACCUCAGAGGAUCUUCCGCUCUGGGCGGUGCGACAGGUGCAUUAUGGGAAGGAGCAUAUACGGGUGGUUGUGUUUACGAGUGAAGACAACUGGAAUGAUAUGGUUCAGUUUUACAAGCUUAUUAUUGGAACAGAACCAGAACUGAAUCGAAACGACUUCUGUCUGUUUACAAUUCAUACGCAUUUGAACUACGAUGUGCAGUUCGCACUGAAGAAGAUUCAAUCGGACAUAAAACCUCGUGCGUUAGACUGUGUUAAACUGCAAUUCAGGGUCACAGAUGUUGGACAUAUUGUGCCGUUAUUUCCAAACGUUUGUAAGCCCCUAUCGGACACAAGAUGGCAGACGACAGACCACGAUGGGAAUGUGAUAGUGUUGGAGGUCACAGGGUGCAAUAUAUCGCCUUCGGACAAAACCAGUAAUGUGUCUCGACACAGUUCGGACAGGUCAAAUCGAUCUGAUCAGUCAGGCAGAUUAUCACACAGGUCUGACCAAUCAGACAGGUUGUCACGUAGAUCUGACCAAUCAGAUAGUUUGUCAAAUAGAUCGGACCAAUCAGAUCGGUUAUCACAUAGAUCGGACCAAUCGGACAGAUCGUCACAAAAUUCAUUGAAUUCAGGAAAUUCUGACCGGACAGUACAAUUAUCGAGUUUCUAUGUAUGAUAUUUAUGUAUGUUUGAUUUAUGUCACUGUGUUCCAAGCAUAUCACUUACUAUUGGGUGGGUAUAUCUCCGUUCUGUGUACUGGAAAACAAUCUCCAAGUCAAACUUUCGCUCAGUCAACCUCUCGUCAAGUCAAACUUUCGCUCAGUCAACCUCUCGUCAAAUCAAAGUUACGACCGUUCAACCUUUCGCUUUUCACUGGUAAAAUCAACAUUUAUAGAACACUUAUUUCGACCUCCUAUUACGAUUAUAUUACUAUUUAUGGACUGAUAUAUACUUAUAUUAGUCACGCCAUGUCUGUCAUAACGGAGGGCGAUAAAGGCGAAUGUGAAUAUACAGCGAUUGUUUUCCAUAUACAGUGUACUAUUAAUUUUUUUCUGCUUGAACAGGUACCAUAUCCUAAUAUUAAGAUAAAAAAAUAUUGGACUUAUGUCCGAAUUGGAAAAUCUACUUAAAUCUAAUCAUAUUCCCAGUAUUUGUCCGGUAAAAAGGCGACGCUAUAAAGGGUUUUAGACAUUAAACGCGGUAAAUAAAGGGAUUCAGUGAUUUUUAUUGUUUUUAAAUUGCAAUAAUUGGGAAAAUUGUAGGUAUCUACCUGAAGGAAACUUACUUAUAAAAUGAAAUAUAAUAUUCGAGCCAGAAACAUAAACAUUUGGAAACAACACUUAAGCACUACUUCUUGAUCUAAAGACAUGGUACCUGGACUAAGUAACCAAUGGAAUAUCACAAUCUUGGUAUGAUGACAGUAUAUUCAUUUCCUCUUGUUACCCAUAUAAUACCACUAUUAUUUGAUUUUCUUAAGUCUAUACACCAACUACAAGUCAUCAACAUUACGUUCUUAAAUGCAGAAGCCUCCAUUAUGUUGAAAUGACUUGAGCUGUAUCUGCCGAAAGAAUAAUUUACUGAAAAAGAAACUAGUAUACAUGAUAUUUGGCUAUAUAUACAGGUAGCAGUAAAACUUGAUCAGUUUUCCAUCAGUAUUUGUUUAAUUUGUGCAUGUGUUCAAAAUUGACAUCUGUAGAUUUAUUUCAAAACAUUUGUAUUUUACAAAAGAGAUUCGUCCGUCAGAUGUAUAGGUGUUUAUAAUUUACAAUACAGAUCGAACCAGAUAUAUACAAAAAGGUUCGAGGCAAAACUCGAUAUCUAAGUCUGGCGCUGAUGUACUGGAACAACCCUGGGCCUUUUACAAUUAUCAUUUAUCAGUAGAUGACGAAGUAAAAUAAAUGGAUGUCGUCUUCCGUUUUUUA